GUUUUUAAUGUCAGUAUUGGAUGAGACAGCGGCGCCGUAUCCUGUGCAAUAAGAGAAAUGGUGGUGUCGCACGGAAUACAGCUGUUUUUUUUUUAAAUGGAGAACUGCUCACAGAGGAUAAAUUACGUGCAAAGUUGUGCGGCUUUCUGCUGAAGGAGUUAUCCAGCGGCAUCUCCCCCCUCCCUCGAAUAAACAUGGGUCCAAGGCGAGACAUGGGACUGUUUCUGUGCGUGGGAAUCACCGCGCUCCUCUUCCUUUGCACAGUGGUGGAUAGCAAGGUGAUCCUGGAGGGUCUUCAGAGGUACGGCCCCACGCCAAUCUAUCUGCCUGUCAACUACCAGAUCUUCAACGCGGAGUCGGCAUUCUUCCUACAGGAGGCCAACCAGGACUUAAUGAGGAACUCCAGCCUGCAGGCUCGCACCGAGUCUUUCUUCAUCCACCAGGCCCGGCAGAUGCCGUUUGUCAACGCUAGCUACGGGCCGCUGUCUGUCCAGCAGCCGGUCCCUCUGGAUCUGCUGCAGACGCUGCCGGGGCCCUUCAACCCCCCAACCUUCGAUACAUCAUCAGCACCAACAUCAGCAUCAUCAUCAUCGCCGCCUCUCUUCACAUUCAACUGGAAGGUCCACACCUAUAUCAUCAGCGACAGGAUUCACCCCAGUUGGCCAAAGGUCCAAGUGUUGUUCUACAUCGCGGGGAGGGACUGGGAUGAUUACAGCGCCAUCCACAAGCUGCCCUGCGUCAGGAUGUUCGCCUUCCACGAGACUCAAGAGGUGCGCGGGACAUGCAGGCUAAAAGGUGAGCUGGGGAUAUGCGUGGCCGAGCUCGAGCCCCUCGCCAGCUGGUUCAGCCUGCCCACAGUGAGACCGGGCAGGCAGAGGGUCUCGGAGCAAGCCCAGGGAACGCCUGUGGAGCUCUACUACAUGGUUCAAACCACGGGCAACGGAGACUGCAACUUGGAGGAUUCAAGGAAGGGCAGCUCUGUGCGCCCAGACCAGCAGAGGCCGAUGGGCUAUUACGCAGGGCACACCCCCAUGCAGCGCAUCGGCAGCGUCAGGCUGUUUCAGCCGCUGUCCGAGCUGAAGCUGGACAAUAACUUUGUGGUGAUGUCGCCCUCCAAACCCAUCCGGCAACGGGAAACAGUCUCUACUUUUCUGGCUCUGUCUACGCUGUCCUUAGUGCCAAUAUUCACCCUCAGGAGCAGCGACCAACACAAGGCCAGUUAUUACCGCCUCAGCGGCCUGGAUAAGAUCAAAGACGACGUUGAAACACUGAAGAUGGUCAAACUGAAGGACGGCGUGGCGUUCCUGGGAGCUAGAGCCAGUAAUCCUGUUGUGUGGACGGUGAGCCAGGAAGUCAGAAGUGAAGGUCACAGGGUCGUCACCCUCCACUGUCGGCGAAAGGAGAGCAGUUAUAGUCAAAGAAGAAGAGCCAAGGGGCUGUGGAUCGGCGACGAUGCCCAGCGUUCAUGGUUGCGAAUUCCGCCCUCGCUACGCUAUCUAGAAGGUUCACCUCGGCCCUUAAGACUGAGCCCCUCGGUGGUGACGUGGUGCUCCACCCCAUGUUUAGUGGUGAGCGCGGAGAAAGUGGGCAGCGACAGAUCAGGAAACUCGGCCAAAGGUCUGAGAAAAAUGUCCUCCCCCGACAGCGAGCCCGACAGCCCGUCGUACGCCGCGCUGCCGAGUGUGCACACGAGAGAAGAAAACGUUAAGGCAUCCACUAAACGUUUAUUUUUAAUGUCCACCAACAGCCCAUGA